AUGGUCUUCGGUCUCUUCACUCGCAAGCCCGAUUCCUCACCAACACACAAUGACCAACUACACACACCCUCUCCCUCAAUUUCACACCCUGACUCUCCAGCAGCCCUCUCACCCACUCCACUGCCCAAUUCCUGCACCACCGAGUCUGAGCCCAACUCUGAGGUGACAGAUCCAACAGCCCUCCAUGACCUUGUGUGCUCCGUCCCUCCGCAGACGCUACACACGUACACCCUCGCCUACCUCUGCCCCACCUCCAAUCUGCCACAGGCACCCCCCUCCCCACGCACACUCACCGCCCUAACUCACUUCUUCAGUGCACUCUCCCCGCCACCACAACUCCAUUGUGUGUGCUGCCAUGCCUCCUUCUUUGACCUUUCAAAUACAGACACGUCUUGCUGGAUUCCACAUGAUGAUGAAAGUGCCCUCGUUGAUCGUGCGGUGUAUGAGACAUUGUGGGGUUGUUGUGGAGGGAGCGUUGAAGGGACAGGAGAUAUGGGUCCUCCUGAUGGGUGGUGCUAUGAGGGACAGCACACGACAGACACCAAACGCGCGCAUUUCUGCGCAGAUUCCACCAUCCAUGAUGACAAACUAUUAGUCUCGUGCACUAUGAUGGGAUGUCAUGGC